AUUUAUAUGAUCCUUGUUUUUCUUUGGAUUGUUAAAUAUAAUGAACAAAAUUAUGUUUCGUUCGGUAUAAUUGUGUAAAACUCAAUUAAAUCAUAAACAUAUUGAAGAUAUUAGAAGAAAAGUUUUAGUGAAAGAAUAUAAACAGCACGCUAAGUAGCUGAACACAAGUACAUGAAAUUAGUACAAAGCAAGCAGAACAAUGAGUAACGAAAAUAAUCAAGCCCGUGACUCUACGGGCCACAACCGAGACACACAGUUGGAUCUCUUUUCUUUAAUUGGAGGCAGCUGGCCCCCAGCUCCUCGUGAGCCAGAACAAGCCCAGUAUGGGACAGUGCCUAAGACUUAUAGACACACUAUGCAACGACCAUCUCAAAAUGAAAGAAUUAAGUCUGUAAAUCUUAUUAAUCACUUAGCUCCAGAAAAAAGAAGAAAUAGGCCUAAUUUACCAUCAACUGCCAAGUCUUUAAAUCCUGAAGAAGUUCAACGUCCAACCAAAAUGGUUAAUGAGCCAGAGAAAGUUGAAACAGGUAUAUUAGUAGACGUGCCAGGCGCCGAUGCGCCCGAACAGUCGUACGAUUCACCAGCGCUGGGGUCGCCGCGCUCGGCGCAACCAAAAUCCACGCCAGUGCACGCUCCGGAAGACAUCGGCGUGGGUUCACUAGUGGAGGUCGCCACUGAUGUUGAUCAACAUUACUACGGCGUCGUCAAGUGGAUCGGGAUUAUUGAUGACACGGCGACGGCUGGCGUGGAGCUGGAGGAGAGCGUGUGCGGGCUGGGCGAUGGCAGCCGCGGUGGGGCCAAGCUGUUCUCGUGUGCGCCUGGCCGCGCGCUGUUCGUGCCGCUGCCGCUGUGCCGGCGUGACGCACGCUUCCGCGACACCCCGCCUCCAGACCGCGCCGACCUACAACAAGCACAGCACUACGAUCAGCCCGACUGUCCUAUCGUGACGGGUGUGGUGCCACCGCUGAGCUCGCUGGGCACCAUCGCGGGCAAGAACCGCGGCAUCCAGGGCCACCACAACUCCUGCUACCUUGACGCCACUCUCUUCGCAAUGUUUACGUUUACGAGCGUCUUUGACUCACUGCUGUAUAGACCUCCAGAGCCGGAGGACUCCCCGCACUACUCGGAGGUGCAGCGCGUGCUGCGGGAGGAGGUGGUGAACCCGCUGCGGAGACAUGGCUACGUGCGCGCAGACCGCGUCAUGAAGCUGCGCACUCUGCUGGAGCGCCUCUCUGACGUGCCCGGACUCACCUCUGAGGAGAAGGAUCCGGAAGAAUUUUUGAACGGCUUAGUAGCGCAAAUAUUAAGAGCUGAACCAUUCCUCAAACUGUCUUCAGGACAGGAGUCGUACUGUUAUCAGGUGUUUGUGGAAAGAGACAGAAAGGUGACUUUCCCCAGCGUGCAGUGUUUGGUGCAACAGUCCUUCCGUACAUCGGGUGUCAAACUUACUGAGGUUCCUUCAACUUUAAUAAUACAAAUGCCUCGAUUUGGUAAACAAUAUAAAUCCUAUGAACGUGUCCUGCCUACACCACAUCUUGAUAUCACCGAUCUUAUUGAAGGAUUGCCGCAGCAGUGUGUUCUGUGCGGUGCGCUUGCGACGUGGGAGUGCGGGCCAUGUCAACGUAAUUGCGAAAUGGACGGCUCCACACUUUGCGACAGGUGUCUGCGUCUCUCACACCCCUCAACACCGCGACAUAGGGCUACUCCGCUAAAAAUUUGCGAGGAUAUGUUAGAUACCCCGGAGCCGUUUGACGGUCCGAGAGUGUUCAUGGAGCUGUUUGCGGUCCUCUGUAUCGAGACCAGUCACUACGUGGCGUUUGUCAAGACCGGUGUCGGACAUGACGCCCCUUGGUGCUUCUUUGAUUCCAUGGCUGACAGAAAAGGUGAACGCAACGGGUACAACAUCCCUGAGAUCGUCCCGCUGCCGGAGCUGGGUGCAUGUCUGGCGCGCGAAGGCGCAUGUGAGCGCCAGCUGCCUGCUUACUCCAAGCGACUACUCUCCGAUGCCUACAUGUGCUUCUAUCGCAAUCACGACGUCGCUAUGUACCGCUAGAACUCCACUUAUGUAAUCUGUCACAUACACGUCUACUACGUUUAGGUUUGAAUACGUUUACAUAAUAGAUUGGUAUAUAAGAGCUAUAGAAAUGCAAAAUCUCGCAUUGUUGAUUAUAUACAGGACUUACCACCUAUAAAGUUUGAAUUUUUUUUUUAUAUUGAAUAAUCUAGACGCUUGAGCACUAUCCCACCCGAUGAAGUAAUGAUGAUACUAAAGAUGAGUGACUGGGACAAAUUCUCAUUUCAUAUACAGGGAACACAAUUUUUUUUUUAAAAAUAAAUAAAUCUAAUAUUUAAUCUCGAUAUUGUUUGAUAAUUUUCGAUUGUGAGCAUCCUGUGUUACAUUAUUUAUAUUUAACUGUAGCGGGGCAUUAUAUAUUAGUACAGUGUAUAUAUUGACAUGGCAAUGAUUGUAGUCUGAUCAACCUAAACGAUUUGCAUCUACAUAACUAUUAAUGUAGAGCUUUUUAUAAAUAAAAAAAAACUGUUUAUCCAUUACAACAUUUUAUAGUAAUACUAUGGUCGAACCUGGAUAAGCGAGAAACCUUUAUAAGCUAAAGUAUAAGUAUCAGGCCCAGAACGGUGUCCAUAAACAAGAAACUCGUCUAAAGACAGACCUCUAUAAGGGAAAAUAAUAUCGCGGUCCUUUGGACUCUCGCUUAUCCAGAUUCGACUAUAUUAGAAUUGUUCACCUUUCAUCUGUUUUUGGAAUAAAU